AUGGAUCCACUUUCUCGACUCCCCCUCGAGUGCCUGCAACGCAUCCUGCACGCCGUCGCAGACCAAAAAAAUCGAUCCUACCUCGCCCACCUAGCCAACCUAGUCCGCUUUAAUCGAUACAUGGCCCUUGUUACCCUCCCCUUUCUGUAUUACGAUCCACUCAAAGCAGUUAGCAGUGUCAACUGUGGAGGUAUCCGGACCAGGGCUCUCCUCUGUACCUUGCUGGCCUCCACUCCAGUCGCCGACCUCCAUCCUGCCCUGUCGUUCGAAUUCGAAUCGGACGCCAUCGCCAGCCCCGAACUUGAUAUACCUGGAUUCGACUACAUCCACAACGUUUACAAUCUCGACAUCAUAACAAACCAGUUUCGCAAUGGCAUGCAAGAGGCGACCAGCAAAUCUCGCAUCAAGGAAACAGACUACACUCUCAAAUGCUUGGAUAGCAAGCCGCCGGCCUUCAUUGAGGACUUUCAAGCCAAGGAGUUCCUUCUCUGGUGCUGUCACCAAGACCUAGAGUCUCUGAGCAUCCCCCUCUCAGACAUUACUCGCUACCGCCAUGCGAUCGAUCGACUUCCAAGGUUGGACCACGUCCGAUUUAUUCUGGACGUGAUUUACGACAACACACCAGCCGACGGACCGACAGAUCGCAUUAGCCGGGAUGAUGCUAUGCAGGCGGUCGUCCAGUUCGUCGAGGAGCACACACGAGUGUUCAGAGGUCGUCUUAAGACAGUCGAAGGAGCCGAGGGUGUAUCUGGGAUCUUUCUUGGCAACAUCAUUACCAGCGAUGCUCAGCGGCAGAUAUAUCGACUUUUACCUCCUAUUCAACAGCCUAAGACAAUCUCUAACAAUAAUUGGGAUCAGUUGAUGGCGCACCUUUUGGCAACUGACCUUGCACAUGUCGAGUCCAUUUGUGGUGCGACGCGCGAACAGUGGCGGCAUGUCGCUCGCGAAAGCCUACAGAUCCUUCCAAGAUGUCGGUCCUUGAAGCGUCUGAAUACAUUGGCGCUGGGCAAGGGAACCUUCGCUUGGGCAGUUCAGGAGAGGAGGAAACAAGCCAACUCUGAAUCAGGAUCGCUUGGCGGUUCAGAUGGCGGUCAAGGGUCCAUUGACGAUGACGAUGACGACGCCACAUCAGCUAUCCGCCAAGCGCUGUACCUCGACAUUCAAACAACCGACAGAGAGCAUUCUCGAGACCUCUCUCAGGCUGAUUUUCUUCUCCCACCCGUCUUCGCCGCUACUACUGAUGUCAGUACUACUAAUGCCAGUACCACGCCAUUUACAGUCAGCCAAGGUGCUUUGACAAAACAUCGUCAAGGACGCUCAAUUCCGACUCAUAUUGUUGUUCAGUCACUGUCGAGGUUGGUCCUGCGUGGACGGUGGGUGGUGGACGAUAUUCUGUUGACCCACCUCCUCACUGGCGUGUUUCCCAAAGUGAAAUAUGUGUCCAUGAACGAUUCGGAAGGAUUGACAUUACCAUCACUCAUCCAGGUUCUCAGGGCCAACCUCAAGCUUGUAAAGCAUUUUGACACGAUUGAAAUUGGGCUUUCAGAGCCGACUGCCGUGGAAGGCGCUGAGCUCGGAUUAUACCCUCACCCGGAAUUCAAGAAGGAUAUGAAGAUUACUUUCCAUUACACGUUGUUCCUCCAAUCCAAAGAGUAUUUUCUUCUCCGGGACCCCUCUAUCCUUGCACCUCCUAAGAGUAGAGAAUAG